AUGGGAGGAGAGGAAGGAGAGUGGAUCUGUCUUCUCUCAACCACUGAGCCUCUCUCAGCCUGUCUCAGCUCCGCUCGCGCCCUUGACUUACUUUGGAUAGACAAGACCGUGAAGGAGCCUGGUUCUUUUAAUAUUUGUUGUGUUUUCCCCCCUCUGUUCCGGGGCUGUGCCAAAGUGGGCUGGAGCGUUUGUCCCUGACCGCCGGAGCUCUGAUGGGACGCAGCACUGCCUCUGGCUGGGACUGGGGAUGCUGAACGGAGGCAGGGAGGGCCUGUUUCAGCUGGGACAGCAGCUCCAGCAGCAGGGGGAGUACCAGGCCGCCCUCCACUGCUUCCUCAGCUCUCUGCUCGGGUUGAGGCACGUGCAGAGCUUCACCUCGCUGCCCAACUGCCUACACCAGAUUGCGGAACUCUUCAUCUCUGAAAAGAAUUACGGCAAAGCCUUGCAGUUCAUUCAGGCUGAGAAGAUGUUUUACGAGGUUGCCCUGAUUGAGCUCACAGCUGUUCAUGACAGCACAGGCCCCCAGGAGGACGCUAUGCUGGGCUCGGCGGAGACAGGAUGGGUGUCUGCUGAAGGGCUAUUGGAUCAGGCCACCCAAGCUCAGCAUUUCGAGCGGCUGGCCCAGCUUUGCAUCAUGAGUAAAAGACCUCAUCUUGCAUUAGAAUACAGUGGGAAAGCCACUAAGAUCCAUCAACGGGCCUUUGGCAACAACCACCCUAUCACAACCAGGAGCCUGGAGCUGCUGGCCAACGUCUACGCAGAGAUCGGCAAGACGGAAUACUCAGACUCCCUCGGCCAGUGCAUGUCAGCUCUGUCAAAGAGGUUUGCUGCUUCUGAGACCUUCAGAGACACACUCAACAACGGUCUUCCACAUUCCCACUCCCAUUCCCACCGGGACAAACGCUCUGAGAUCCGGCACAGGAAAGAGUCCCACCCACAGGAGGACACUCCAAACCCCAAGGUCACCAGUGGUAAAAUCCCCAUGUCCAUACUGAAGAGGUCAAACUCGGGAUCAGAUUCAGAGCCCGCCCACAGACGGAAAAGCGAGCGGCGUGUCCGGUUCAGAGAGCCUGAGACCACUGUGCAUGCCUAUGACACGUCACCACCCCACCCACACAUGGCCCUGUUCACCUGCCUGUUCCUGCUGAUGUCACUGCUGGGCGUGGCCAUGUACUGCACAGAGCGCCGACGCCCACAACGUGUGUGUGAGGAGCUGGAGGCCUCGCUGGCUGUCUACCUGGUACACAUAAAACAGCUGCUGUGGGGCUGCUGGGUCUGGCUAACCAGGCAGUGACUUGGACCAACCAGAGGCAGGGACCUGUUGCAUUAAUUCCUUCCCAGGACACGCCCCUUGAGGUGCCCUACCUAGCCUGGUCCACUUAGCACCUCCGUCAUACACAAUGACUGUUUUAUGUAUGGUGUGGAGACGAGCACUCUUUGGGCUACGCUCACACCCAUAUACGGAGAAAUGUGUAAUCCCAGAGAUAUGUAGCCUCCUUGCCUGUAUACUUUAUGCACCUAAGUGGUGGGUAUGCUGCCAUGUUUCUUUUGUUCAAAAGACAUUCUGCACAUCAGCAAUGUUGAAGCUCACCGGCUAUGCUCUCUUAAUCGCUACAAUUGUUUGCUUUUUCUAUUCUUAACUGAAUCUAUUGUAUGUGAGUGUAUGUUUAAUGAAAUGCAACAUUAAUUGUAUUUAUUUGAUUACAACACUGUCAUUUUGUGUACUUAAUAGAUUACUACUGAUACGAAUGUGUACAUGUAUACCAUAUGCUAAGGACUAUUACAAAUUACGCUUUGUUGUUGCACAUAACUGAAUGUAGAAAGUGUGAAGCACUGCUAUGAACUGACACAAAACACUCCUACCAUCUCUAAGAUACGGAGUACAGAUUAAGUCAAGCACAAUGUGACAUUUUCUGAAAACGGUUGCUGAAACAAAUACGCAGGAAUGCUUCACUUCACAGUGCCAGGUUAAACUAGCAGAUUAACAAAGCCAUCUUUCUUUUACAGCAUAAAUACUGUAGUCUGACACAUUUUUAGGUCAGAUCAGUGUUUGGUUCCCAGCUGGACAAUGUCGAUUCAACUUUCAGCACAAUAUCAUGAAAACUGGGAAUUUAUUUAUAUGUAAUGAGUGCUUAUGAUUUUGACACAAAUUAUAACCUAAAUGUUGUUUAUUCUUCUAUACUGCAUAUCUAGAGCUACUCAAAUAUACAAUAUGUUCUUUAACAGUACAUUUUGAAGGGCUUUGUUACAUUUCCAUUUUUUUGCUUGCUCUGAUAUUCAGGUUUAAUCUUAAUGUCAAACAGCCCAGUGCAGUCAAAAACAGGAUUUUCCUUGUUUUCUUGAUUAUAUUUCCACAGUCAAGUAACACUUAGGAAUAGUGAAAACUAUGAUAAUGUCCAUUUUGUGAAGAAACAAUCUGGGAAUUUCCAUCUGUUAUGGUGGGAUGGGGCUUUUGGUCUACUUUGUGAUGUCACCAAUUUGAUCUGAUAUUAAUAUCUCAGGACUCAAAGUACUGCUGGUUUUCAUUCUAGCCUUCUAACCAGGAUCUUAUUUAGACCUUGGGCACUAGUUGAAUGCAAUUAACUACUAGUUAAAUCUUUUAAAACUAUACAGCUGUAUAGUGUCCCCAGGCUGAGAGUUUAUAACAACUGAUUUAGAUGAUCCUAUGAUCAAGACUGUGGAUGUAAAUAUCUUAGAAGUUCAUUUCUAAAGCCCACAUAAACAGACUUAAAGCCAAAGGAGACCUAGUUGAAUGAGUGAUAAAAAAAUAGACAUUGUUAUUAAAUAAGAAUACACAGUGUUUUAUUAGACAUGUAUUGGUGAUUUAAAAACUGCACAGGGUCUUAAACGUUUCAGAUCAUGUCAGAUUUUAUAAUGUACUUCAAAUAAGAGUGGAUUUUUAUGAUGCAAAGUAAAGAAAUGUACAAAUGUACAAUCAAUUGGUCUGUGUUAUGAUCCAGAAAUAGAAGGACACCUUCAGUAAUAACAUCAUUCAAAUAUAGAUAUUCAAGUUAUUUAAAUGGACUAAGCUCUAAAGGGCAAAGUACUUAUCAUAUACCUCUGAAACUGUCAAAUGCAACACAAUACAUUGUUUUGAAUUACACAUUAUUUAAACAAUGUCAAAUGUUUCAGAGGACACAAUUAUGGGAAAGAGUCAGCAAUAUGUUGGAACCACUGUCUGAAUGGAAGAAAUACUCUGAAGGUUUGCACUGCACUCCCAAAUGGCUGUCAUUAGCAAUAAAAAAUACCCAGCAAGUCAACAUGGUCUGUACUGUAUCUGAAGAUUUUGACUAGUAGCUUCACUUCACUGCUGACAAUAUGUAUUCGGUCACUUUGAUUGAAGUGCCUUUUAGAAGGACUUAUUUGUUUCUAUCUUUUUUAUUUUAAUUAUUUUAAAUAAAACUGUCAUUACAUACCCAA